AUGUCAGCGGAAAAAGGCAAUAGCACAGGUACGGAAGCAGGCGCUAUGAAGGAUCCCCCACCUCCGUACCCCUCCGCCCGCCGCACACGACAGAACAGGAGAAGACGUGCGCUACAGGACGGCAGCGAACAUUCGCACGCUCAUGCUCCUUCCGACGAAUACGAAGCCGUCCUCGCUCACUCUGGCCAAACUCAUGGACACCCACCACAUCAUGCCGAGUGCCUUGUUGGCCUAGACGACGUGGAGGCGACGGAGACGACGCCCCUGUUGAGUCCCCCUCGGGACCCCGUCGGGAGCUCUUCGCCCCUCGCUGCUGCGACGCUACCCCCAGGCGCCGUUCGCCGGCGACGGACGCUAUCCUUAACCAGCACCCUCAGGUCCAGUGCGUCACUGGCGCCGUCAUUCGCCCACACCGUGUUCUCCGCCUUCCACCCUGAGCGCGACUCGGACCUCGACCCGGACUGCCGAGAGGGCGGGGCAGACGACGGCGAGCAUGAGGAGCUAGAGCCCGAGCUCGAGAGGGAGGCGGCGCGCGAAUACGACCACCAGCAAAGGGCGUUCGCCGCAGAUCUGUCGGGGUAUGCGCAUCGUCAGGCGCAGCGGGCGCAGUCCCAGCAGCUGUCGCUCACGCAGAGGUGGAGGAGGUAUUUCCGCCCGCUGAAGCGGAGGGCCUACUACUCGGCGGUAUUCCACCUGGUCGUGCUGAACUUCCCGUACGCGCUCGCCGCGUGGCUGUUUAUCUUCGUGUUCACCCUGGUCGGAACGUGUACGCUGAUGGCCUUGCCCCUCGGCGCCGUCUUCUGCUUCAUAGACCUCUUCGGGGCGCGCCUCCUCGCGCGGGGCGAGCUCGCUCUCCAAACGACGUACCACGGCCCGCUCUCGCACCCCCUCCCCCACCCCCCGCUCCCGAUCUUCACGCGCACGCGCGCGCCGACCGCGUCGCAGAUAGAAGCGGGCGUCCCCGCGAGCGCGCUCGUGCCCGAGACGUCGUUCUACAGGAACGCGUACGCGAUGUUCACCGACGCGACGAGCUAUCAGGCGCUCUUCUACUUUCUCGUGAUCAAGCCCGCCAUCACGGUGCUCAUGUUCCUGUUCUUCCUGGUGGUGGUCCCUGUCGCAGCAGUGUGCGUCGUCCCGCUGCCUGCGGUCCUGCGGCUGGCGAGGCGGAUGGGCAUCUGGCAGGCGAAUGUGGCGGUGGAGGGGCUCUAUUUUGCUGCCCGGUGAGGGGCGGCGUGCGUUCGAGCGCUCCGGCGCGCGAUUGCUUGCGGUGCUGCGAUGGGGCCUGCGCUUCUGUACUUUAUGUCCUUGUAGGUUACGUCUCGAGCUCGUCGCGCCUGGCGAUGUUACAGACUACGAUGAUAUUCUCCUCUUGAUGCCCACUAGAUGCAAAUGUGCGCACAAGUGGUC